CACAAUAUUCCAGCCUCGCGCUUCCCAGCGACUUCCUGGGUUCUUUCAUCUGCCCCUGGUUUGAACGCAGCUGCCAGCUUUCCUCCAAUGAUAGGAGUCCACAUGCAGCACGGGGAAGAGAGGCAGCACACAGGCGCUUCGCUUUCAUAAAAGCAGACUGAGAGGACCGAGUGGAAGCACAGAGAGCUGCGCCACGGUGAGUCAGGAAACGGCACCGGGAGGACUGGACCGAAUGCAGUCCCGAACUCCGAGCACUGCCGCAGACACGUCCCCACCAACAGCGGAGACCAGCGGAGCCUCGCACUAACCUUCACCCGGACAAGAAGGAGAAGUUCGGCUCACUUUUGCUAGAAAAAAAAAAAAGGAAAGAAAGACAGAAACCGUCAUUCGCGUGCAGAUAAUCUUAACAGGGGGCCAGAGGAACACUGCCGACGGUAGCUAACCGAGAGUGAAUGUACGGCUCUCAGUUGGCACACUCAUUAUUCCUCCGAAAAAUACUGACAGCUUUCAAGAGCCACCGGGUCUCCUCAGACUAAUUCAGGUGAAGCUCAGUGGAAAGGAGCCGUCCGCCAUGGAGAACUCUCACACGAAGACUGUGGAAGAAGUUUACAGUUAUUUCUGUGUUAAUGAGAGCACAGGACUUCCUCUGGACGAGGUGAAGCGGCAGAAGGAGAAAUGGGGCCUAAACGAGUUACCCGCAGAAGAAGGGAAAUCUUUAUGGGAACUCGUCCUGGAACAGUUUGAAGAUCUGCUCGUUCGAAUCCUCCUCUUAGCUGCGUGCAUAUCUUUUGUCCUGGCUUGGUUCGAGGAGGGAGAAGAAACAAUCACAGCGUUUGUGGAGCCUUUUGUAAUUUUACUUAUUCUCAUCGCCAACGCCAUCGUGGGAGUGUGGCAGGAACGCAAUGCCGAGGACGCCAUCGAGGCUCUGAAAGAGUACGAGCCAGAGAUGGGGAAGGUGUACCGGCAGGACAGGAAGACCGUGCAGAGGAUCAAGGCCAGAGAGAUUGUACCGGGCGACAUUGUGGAAGUGGCUGUUGGAGACAAAGUGCCUGCCGACAUCCGCAUCUGUUCAAUCAAGUCAACGACUCUGAGGGUAGACCAGUCCAUCCUGACAGGUGAAUCUGUGUCUGUCAUCAAGCACACCGACCCCGUCCCGGACCCUCGAGCCGUCAAUCAAGACAAAAAGAACAUGCUCUUCUCUGGCACCAACAUCGCCGCCGGGAAAGCUGUGGGCGUUGUCGUGGCCACGGGCGUCAACACGGAGAUCGGGAAGAUCCGCGACGAGAUGGCGGCCACGGAGCAGGAGAAGACACCGCUGCAGCAGAAACUGGACGAGUUCGGCCAGCAGCUAUCCAAGGUCAUCUCCCUCAUCUGCAUCGCCGUGUGGAUCAUCAACAUUGGCCACUUCAACGACCCCGUCCACGGCGGCUCCUGGAUCCGCGGGGCGGUCUACUACUUCAAGAUCGCCGUGGCGCUGGCCGUCGCUGCCAUCCCUGAGGGCCUCCCCGCCGUGAUCACCACCUGCCUCGCCCUGGGCACCCGCCGCAUGGCCAAGAAGAACGCCAUCGUCCGCAGCCUGCCCUCUGUGGAGACCCUGGGUUGCACCUCCGUCAUCUGUUCGGACAAAACCGGCACUUUGACCACCAACCAGAUGUCUGUCUGCAGGAUGUUCGUACUCAACAAAGCAGAAGGAGAAAGCUGCUCUCUGUCAGAAUUCACCAUCACAGGUUCAACCUACGCACCUGAAGGAGAAGUUUACCAAGAUGGCAAACUAGUGACAUGCUCCCAGUAUGAGGCUCUGGUGGAACUGGCCACCAUCUGUGCGCUGUGUAAUGACUCCUCUCUGGACUUCAAUGAGGUGAAGGGUGUGUACGAGAAGGUGGGCGAGGCCACAGAGACGGCGCUGACCUGUCUGGUGGAGAAGAUGAACGUCUUCGACACAGAAGUCCACAACUUGUCCAAGAUCGACAGAGCCAACGCUUGCAACUCGGUGAUCAAACAGCUGAUGAGGAAGGAGUGCACCCUCGAGUUCUCCCGGGACAGAAAGUCCAUGUCCGUCUACUGCACCCCCAACAAGUCCCGCUCCACCGUCGGCAAGAUGUUCGUGAAGGGGGCCCCGGAGGGUGUCAUCGACAGAUGCACUCAUGUCCGAGUGGGCAACUCUAAAGUCCCCCUCACUCAAGGCAUCAAGGAAAAGAUCAUGUCUGUUAUUCGCGAGUAUGGGACAGGUCGGGACAUGCUGAGGUGUCUGGCUCUGGCCACACGAGACAGCCCCCCUAAAACAGAGGACAUGGUCCUGUCCGACGCCACAAAAUUCUCAGAGUAUGAGUCCGACCUCACUUUCGUCGGCUGUGUGGGCAUGUUGGACCCGCCCAGGCAGGAGGUGGCCGCCUCCAUCAAGCUGUGCCGCCAGGCCGGCAUCCGGGUCAUCAUGAUCACGGGGGACAACAAGGGCACAGCCGUGGCCAUUUGCCGGCGCAUCGGCAUCCUGACGGACGACGACGACAUAGAGCACAUGGCCUUCACCGGGCGGGAGUUUGACGAACUGUCCCCCUACGCCCAGCGGGAGGCCGUGACCAAGGCUCGGUGCUUCGCCCGCGUCGAGCCCUCCCACAAGUCCAAGAUUGUCGAGUUCCUGCAAGGAUUCGAUGAAAUAACCGCCAUGACGGGCGAUGGAGUGAAUGACGCACCCGCUCUGAAGAAGGCAGAGAUCGGCAUCGCCAUGGGGUCCGGCACGGCCGUGGCCAAGUCGGCCUCAGAGAUGGUCCUGGCAGACGACAACUUCUCCUCCAUAGUGGCUGCUGUGGAAGAGGGCCGAGCCAUCUACAACAACAUGAAGCAGUUUAUCAGAUACCUUAUCUCCUCCAACGUGGGUGAGGUUGUCUGCAUCUUCCUGACCGCCGCUCUGGGUUUCCCUGAGGCUCUGAUCCCAGUUCAGCUGCUGUGGGUCAAUCUGGUGACAGACGGGCUCCCCGCCACCGCGCUGGGCUUCAACCCCCCGGAUCUGGACAUCAUGGAGAAGCCGCCCCGUAACGCCAAGGAGCCGCUGAUCUCUGGCUGGCUCUUCUUCAGAUACCUGGCUAUUGGAGGUUAUGUGGGCGCUGCCACUGUGGGAGCUGCUGCCUGGUGGUUUACAGUCUCAGAGGACGGCCCACAGCUCACUCUCUACCAGCUGAGCCACUUCCUGCAGUGCAGCCCUGACAACCCCGAUUUCGAAGGCUUGGACUGCCACGUGUUCGAGUCGCCGUAUCCGAUGACCAUGGCUCUCUCCGUGCUCGUCACCAUCGAGAUGUGCAACGCCCUGAACAGUCUGUCAGAGAACCAGUCCCUGCUGCGGAUGCCUCCCUGGGAGAACAUUUGGCUGCUGGGGGCCAUCUGUCUCUCCAUGUCCCUCCACUUCCUCAUCCUCUACGUGGAGCCUCUUCCCGUCAUCUUCCAGAUCACCCCUCUGGACACCACCCAGUGGAUGAUGGUGCUGAAGAUCUCUCUUCCUGUCAUCCUGCUGGACGAGCUGCUGAAGUUCGCCGCCCGGAACUACCUGGAGCUGGGUAAACAGCUGGAGAAGCCGCCCCGGGGAGGCUGCCCCCUGUCUGCAUGCGCUGAAGGCGUUUCCUGGCCCUUCGUGGCCGUGGCCCUGCCCCUGCUGCUGUGGAUCUACAGCACAGACACUAACGUGUCCGCCAUGUUGUGGCCCUGACUGAUUCCGGCACACUACCCCUCCUGCACACCAGUGUGAAGUGGACGUUAACACACACCUAACAGUUACAUUAACUCUGAAUAACUCAUCGUAGACAUCUGCACCUGCUCUGACCACUGUCAAAUAUGUUCUACUUACAUUUCCACUGAUACAUUUAUUAUUAUUUUUUUUUUUCACGGGGAGAGGGGUUGGUAUUUAGUCAUAUUUUAAUGACUGAUAUUACAUCUGUUAUUUUCCUACUAAGCUUCUCACAUCUUCGAGCGCCAUAGUGACCAGUUAGAUGAAGAUGUUGGAUCUUUGUGUUUUAGCUGUACAGAGAAUUUACACUAUUUUCUAUUAAUGUUUUGUAAUUUUUAGGAAGGGAACAAAGAGUCUUGGUGUGUGAAGAGGACGUGUGAUUGUAACACCUGAAAAGUGCAGAGCUGAAAGGAGGGGAAAGUCUUGCAAUAUAUGAAUCUCAGUUAUUAUUGAACUCUGUACACCUUCAUUAUUUUUCUGCACCAGGCAGAGUGCAGCUACCUCAAUGCUGUUAUUAUGACCAGAAGUACCCAUUUAGUCUAAACACCAUUUCAAAGGUUAUCACUAAAAGUGUUGAGGUUCGUACCACUUUGUUUUGCGGCGCACAUGCUCACACAUCUUAAUCUUUUUUCAUAAUAUAUAUAUAUAUAUAUAUGUUUAAAUUUAUUUUUCUGUUCUAUUUUAUGGGGAAAAGGACAAAAAUGUGUUACAAGUUUAUUACACAGCAACUUUUGAUACAGCCUGUUGUUAAAUAUACAGACGCAGACAAUAUAGUUGGUAUCCAUGGUAAAGAUGUUUAAAGGGGCAGUAUGAUGUGAAAUCAACUUUAUGUUACAAUAUUAUUCAAAAACACACCUGGAGUGUUGCUUUAAUUCUUUCAUGCAUGUUUGAGGAAUACUUUAAUCUCCCGUGGCAACCACUCUGGUUUGCAAAAUGCCUAGUCUCAUCUCGGCUCCUUCAGACUAGCCAGCAGCAAUUAGCAAACACCUGGCAGAACUGCACAUCUGCUGAGCUCAUCAUAGGAGCAACUUCUCAGUGCAGCACUGAAAAAAAAUGUUAAGGGGUUCAUAAAGGGUUUAAUAGAGAAAGAUUGUUAUCAUGACUUCCUGAAUUCGUAGUGCCGGAACGAGCUGGAGCUUCUUAAAGAGACACAGGCCCAUUUUCAAGGUGCUAAUUGGCUAAGUCAAAUUUUGUGAAAUGUCAUUCCUAUGAAAUGAUGCUGUAUGUCUGGAAAGUAUUUAACACUGCCCCUUUGAAAAGCCUUAAAAUGAAUUCAUUUCAUUUGAGUACAUUUAUUCAGUGGGAUAUCAUGUUAAGAAAUAUUUUUGGGCGAAGUUCCGCCUACCAACCCCUUCAGAAUAAAUUUAUCUGAGGCAUUCUUUUAAUUUACACUUGAUGUGUUUUUAGUUUUGUAAAUAAAUUAAUAAGAGGUGCACCGAUUUGCAGUUUUUUGGCCAAUCAGUGAUCUUUAAAAAGACCGGCCUGAUGGUGAUGGUUUUGGCUGAUACCAAUUUUUUUUCGGCAUUGUUGCUAAAUAUUGCGACACAGUGAUGUAUUUCUUUUAGCCAAUAGGCUGGAUGAGGCUACUUGCUUUGACUGGCCACCACAAACGGUGAGCUGGAUGGUUAAGAGCUAACAGGUGGGAUGUUGAAGUUGUGUGCGGCCCGGCGGGGUCACACUGACCCCACGUACGCUUUUACAAACAUUUCUCUUUUUUGCGUCGUUUUGGGAACUGACAGCCCGACCGUGACAUCUGCCACACUCCUCCUGAGCGUUGCGCUAAGACCGCAGGAGCGUUAAAGAACUUCCUGCUGAACAAAUGUACUCAAAUUAAAGGUUAGAAUUUUCAAAAAUGCCCAACACCUCCCACAUUGCUUCAGUAAACGUUACAUU